AUGUCCGCAGAAUCGAUCAGUUACUACGAUAAGUGUCCCGCUAGCUAUGAACCGUACCGGACAACUCUGGACGAGAUGCAGCUUGCGAUUGCCCGGGAGGAACUGAACGAAUAUGACCAUACCCGAGAACCUGCGCUGGCCCAGAUGCGCGAGUUCAUUGCCAAACAUCCUCAGAUUAAAUUUUGUCGAACGGAUCCGGUGUUUCUUUUAAGCUUUCUACGGGUGCGUAAAUUCAACGUUCAGGCCUCCUGUGAAAUGUUAGAAAGAUGGUUCAUUUGUAGAACAACGUGUAAGGAGUUUUUCAUGGUUACGGAUCCGUUGAAAUUGGAACCUCUAAGAAAGCAGAAAAUCGUGGUCCCAUUGGGACCCGAUGCUCAGGGAAGGUUGGUGAUAACCGUACGGGUAGGAAUGUAUGAUCCCAUGAAAGUGCAACCGGAAGAAAUUAAUCUGCUAGCAGCUCUACUCCUCGAUACCUACCAAUAUGUGGAGCUGUAUCAGGUUCAAGGACUGGUACUGAUUAUGGACCUUGAAGGUGUCACCCUGGCUCAUUUGGGGAGUUGGACGUUGCCGAAGCUGAAAACGAGCAUGGGUGCUAUUAACGAUUCCAUCAAGUAUCGGCCCAGAGAAAUUCAUGUCAUCAAUGUGCCCAAGUAUGCCGUCAAGCUGGUGGAUUUUUGUGUGAAGGCGUUGAAAACGAAGCUCAGGGAUCGAUUGCAGGUAAGCUCCAGGAAAACUCGCUACUAA